AAAGGAAGCCAAAAAGCAAUCUUCAUAUUUCAUACCUUUCUAGAAACUGGGUGUGAUCUCACUGUUGGUAAAGCCCAGCCCUUCCCAACCUGCAAGCUCACCUUCCAGGACUGGGCCCAGCCCAUGCUCUCCAUAUAUAAGCUGCUGCCUGGAGCCUGAUUCUUAGUCCUGCUUCUCUUCCCUCUCACCUCCAGCCUCUCACACUCUUCUCAGCUCUCUCAUCUCCUGGAACCAUGGCCAGCACAUCCACCACCAUCAGGAGCCACAGCAGCAGCCGCAGGGGCUUCAGUGCCGGCUCAGCCAGGCUCCCUGGGGUCAGCCGCUCUGGCUUCAGCAGCGUCUCCGUGUCCCGCUCCAGGGGCAGUGGUGGCCUGGGUGGCGCAUGUGGAGGAGCUGGCUUUGGCAGCCGCAGCCUGUAUGGCCUGGGGGGCUCCAAGAGGAUCUCCAUUGGAGGGGGCAGCUGUGCCAUCAGUGGCGGCUAUGGCAACAGAGCCGGAGGCAGCUAUGGCUUUGGUGGCGCUGGGAGUGGAUUUGGUUUCGGUGGUGGAGCCGGCAUUGGCUUUGGUCUGGGUGGUGGAGCCGGCCUUGCUGGUGGCUUUGGGGGACCUGGCUUCCCUGUGUGCCCCCCUGGAGGCAUCCAAGAGGUCACCGUCAACCAGAGUCUCCUGACUCCCCUCAACCUGCAAAUCGACCCCACCAUCCAGCGGGUGCGGGCCGAGGAGCGUGAGCAGAUCAAGACCCUCAACAACAAGUUCGCCUCCUUCAUCGACAAGGUGCGGUUCCUGGAGCAGCAGAACAAGGUUCUGGAAACCAAGUGGACCCUGCUGCAGGAGCAGGGCACCAAGACCGUGAGGCAGAACCUGGAGCCAUUGUUUGAGCAGUACAUCAACAACCUCAGGAGGCAGCUGGACAGCAUUGUUGGGGAACGGGGCCGCCUGGACUCAGAGCUCAGAGGCAUGCAGGACCUGGUGGAGGACUUCAAGAACAAAUAUGAGGAUGAAAUCAACAAGCGCACAGCAGCAGAGAAUGAAUUUGUGACUCUGAAGAAGGACGUGGAUGCUGCCUACAUGAACAAGGUUGAACUGCAAGCCAAGGCAGACACUCUCACAGACGAGAUCAACUUCCUGAGAGCCUUGUAUGAAGCAGAGCUGUCUCAGAUGCAGACCCACAUCUCAGACACAUCCGUGGUGCUGUCCAUGGACAACAACCGCAACCUGGACCUGGACAGCAUCAUCGCUGAGGUCAAGGCCCAAUACGAGGAGAUUGCUCAGAGAAGCCGGGCUGAGGCCGAGUCCUGGUACCAGACCAAGUACGAGGAGCUGCAGGUCACAGCGGGCAGACAUGGAGACGACCUGCGCAAUACCAAGCAGGAGAUUGCUGAGAUCAACCGCAUGAUCCAGAGGCUGAGAUCUGAGAUUGACCACGUCAAGAAGCAGUGUGCCAACCUGCAGGCCGCCAUUGCUGAUGCUGAACAGCGUGGGGAGAUGGCACUCAAGGAUGCCAAGAACAAGCUGGAAGGGCUGGAGGAUGCCCUGCAGAAGGCCAAGCAGGACCUGGCUCGGCUGCUGAAGGAGUACCAGGAGCUGAUGAAUGUCAAGCUGGCCUUGGACGUGGAGAUUGCCACCUACCGCAAGCUGCUGGAGGGCGAGGAGUGCAGGCUGAAUGGCGAAGGCGUUGGACAAGUCAACAUCUCUGUGGUGCAGUCCACCAUCUCCAGUGGCUAUGGUGGUGCCAGCGGUGUCGGCAGUGGCUUAGGCCUGGGUGGAGGAAGCAGCUACUCCUAUGGCAGUGGUCUUGGAGUUGGAGGUGGCUUCAGUUCCAGCAGCGGCAGAGCCAUUGGGGGUGGCCUCAGCUCUGUUGGAGGCGGCAGUUCCACCAUCAAGUACACCACCACCUCCUCCUCCAGCAGGAAGAGCUACAAGCACUGAAGUGCUGCCACCGGCUCUCGGUCCCACAGUCCUCAGGUCCCUCUCUGGCUGCAGAGCCCUCUCCUCAGGCUGCCUGUCCUCUCCUGGCCUCCAGUCUCCCCUGCCCUCCCAGGUAGAGCUGGGGAUGGAUGCUUAGUGCCCUCACUUCUUCUCUCUGUCUAUACCAGCCCCAUCUGAGCACCCAUUGCUCACCAUCAGAUCAACCUCUGAUUUUACAUAAUGAUGUAAUCGCCACUGGAGCUUCACUUUGUUACUAAAUUAUUAAUUUCUUGCCUCCAGUGUUCUAUCUCUGAGGCUGAACAUGAUAAGAAAAUGAUAUCUGAUCCUUUUCAUUGCAGAAAAUUGCCUGGGGCUUAUUUCAGAACAACUUCCACUUACUUUUCACUGGCUCCCAAACUCUCUUCCUUGCAAGUGUUGUGAACCCCCACCCCUGCAGUAUCCAUGAAAGCACAAGUGACUAGUCCUAUGAUGUACAAAGCCUGUAUCUCUGUGAUAAUUUCUGUGCUCUUCACUCUUUGCAAUUGCUAAAUAAAGCAGAUUUAGAAUACAA